AUGAGAUUGAAAUACACCAAAGACGUUGCCGUUAGCUUGGCAAUCUUCUAUCUGAAGGUGAUCGGCUUCUGGUUUGCUUUUAAUCGCGUAGAAGAAUGUAUCAGAAGCUUCAUGAUGAUUUAUACCAUCUUGAUGGUACUUUUUUGUCUGUGGAUCCAGAUGAGGGGUCUUUACUUCUGCUGGGGUGAUUUUACCAUAUGCACUUACAUUGGAUGCAAUUCCUUGGGUUUAGCCAUAAAUAUGGUCAAGUUCGGUUUACUGUUCGUUCAGAAGGAAAAGUUUUUUCAAUUGAUCGAGCUUAUGCAGAAGAAUUUCUGGCAUUCGAACUAUGAUCCCCAGGAGAAGCAGAUCUUCGACAGUGCAAAGCGAACGUGCAUAUAUUUCGUCUGCGUGUUUUCAUUUUUCUCUCAGUUUACAUUGUUUUGUUAUACUAUAAGACCUGCUGUAGUAAAUAUUGGAAGAAAUGCAUCAGACAGGGUGCUUAUAUUUCAAAUGUGGCUCGAUCUGCCAUUAUCGACGACUCCAUACUUUGAAAUAACAUACUUGCUGCAGGCCUUGAGCUUGUACCAAUCUGACGUGGCAUACCUUUGUUUCGACAAUAUAUUUUGCAUUAUGUGUCUGCAUGCAGCUGGCCAGUUUCGUGUAUUACAAUAUAAAAUGACAAAUAUCCACAUAGUAAGAAAUAAUAAUCAAAAUAAUUUUAGCAAGGAUGUAUCAUAUUUCUCGGACGAAUGUUUUAUAGCAUUUAGGAAUUGCAUUCGACAACAUCAAGCUCUCAUUGAAUUCUGCGCGUUACUUGAAGAAGUGUUUAGUGUUAUUGUACUCGGACAAGUGAUAAUGUUUAGCAUGUUAGUGUGCUUGGUUGGAUACCAAAUAUUUUUGGUGGAUUUGAAUCCUUCCAUGCGUGUUACUUUAACUUCUUUCUUAUCAGCGAACAUGUGUCAAUUGUGGAUGUUCACAUACAGCUGCGAUACUAUGACCCGUGAAAGUUUAAAUGUUGCUGUAGCGGUGUAUGGUGCACCAUGGACGCACCUGCCAACAGACAAAUAUGGAAAAAUGAUUAGAAAAGAUUUGCAACUCGUCAUCAUGAGAUCGAGACGAGGCUGUCAUAUGACUGCAUGUCGAUUCUUUCCCAUUUCCAUUGAAACAUAUACUAGUAUAAUGAGCACCUCAAUGUCGUAUUUCACGUUAUUGAAACAAAGGACAAUCGAUGCAGCAGAUACAUAA